CUACAAUACCCUAAAUAAAAAAAAACAGCUACAUUAUUAACCAAAUAAAUUAACAAAUUGACAAAAAAAAAAUUGGAAAUCGAUCGAGCGAACGUUUGGAAUCGCCAGUGAAGUGCAGAUAUGUGGCUGAGGAGUUUAUUGUUAUUAUGCUGCACAGUUGCGCUUGCACUGUCUGAAGAUGCUAAACACACACCGGAGUACGUUAACAUAAGGUCUACGCCUGGAGGUGCUCGAGGGGCAUCCAGCUCAGACUUCGCAACCUCCCACAAGCUGCCAGAAGGUAUUCCCUACCCGUCAGAAGAGGUGGAGCCCUCGGACGUGCCGAAUCGGGCUCAGCAGAAACAAGAGGUGAUCCAGCGAAUCCAGAAACUAGACUCCAAGCUCCAUCCCCUCGAGCCAGUCCCACAAAGCCUGGACCCGCUAAACCCCGUGAACACACCAAAGGACUCGUCCAGCAUAAACUCAAAGCGUCAAGCACGAGUUCAACUGGAGACCUUCAGCUCCACUGGCUACAUUCCCGAAGAAUCCCUGCCGAUCAGUUCAGGCUUCAGACGCCACGACGAGGACUUCGACAAUGCAGAGGAUGCACCACCGAAGACCUCUCACAAAUACCGCCCAAGCAGCCGGGAUGAUCACAUACCUGGUGUCCACAUCAGCGAUGAAUACCCCACGACAAUGCGUCCAAUAUUAACGACAGAUCGUCAGCAGUACUCAAGGCCAUCCUUCGACUUCGUUCCAGUUAACAUAAUCAGAGAGGACAGCAAGGACAACUGGACGCCCUUCGCCAAUCGUAACUUCGAUGACCUCGGUGACGUGAGUCUGGUUCCAGCAGGAUCCAAUUCUCGGAUACAGAUCAAGAAGGGGCCAAACGGAAAGGAUUACGAGUACGAGUACGUCUAUUACUACUACGAUGAGGAGGAGGAGGGUAAGGCAGGAGCUGCCAGUAGUAAUCAGGAGGGAGUCAGGACAACCCCAUCGUCCCCGUCCCCGUCAUCAAGAAGGAGCGGAUCAUCUGGAAGAAGUAAGUACAGUUCUGUUGAACGGUCGACGACAGCUGAACCUGUCAGCAACGAAGUUCUACCGAACAGGAUCAGUAACAGGGGGAGGAACCUGGAGAACGAGGAGGUAAACGAGGAGAGACUUCCGAUGAAUACGAGGUUCCCACCCAGAUCGAGGUCCAAUCAUAAUACAGGCACGACUGAGCCGAGCAGGAACAGGGGGAACAGGCCUAGACCUAAUUUGGAUCUGGUGGACUCUAGCAGCUUUAGGACGCAUCAGGAGGGGCCGGAAUUUCCACAGACCUUGCCGAAAGGGCCCGUCAGAUUUCUGGGAGUGACUCCCAAUGAAGGUGGAGAUGGAGGAAGAACCAGGGGUAGACCUCACAGGGUCCAGGAACCAGCGCCUGUUGCUGAGAGGGAGGACGAGGACAGGAAGAGAACUGCUGCUGAACCAGUGCUCGAAGUGGAAUUGAAUCGUGGUCAGCCCUCGCGGCCGCCCCCUACGGAGGAGGACGAGCUCUCCACCGUUUCCGCCAUCAGAGAGGACAAACUCGGUGAGGAGAAAGCCCCUGAGACAACGACGUUAGACACCCCGACGACUGAGUAUCCCUCAGCGAUGGACAAAGUGGCCCUCGACCUCUACGCGUUCCUCCAACAGGGUCAGAGCAACCUAGUGGACAGUGCCACAGAUGCGGAAGACUCCAAUGAAAAUACGACUCUGGUGGACGACGAUGCGACAACAAAUCUGCCCACUACAACUGAUGGAAGCCCAACAACUGUUGAAGCGAUAACCACGACGGAGGCCACUACUACCACGACAACUACCACCACGACCACCACGACAACGACUACUACGGAGGCGCCAACCACUUCAGGGUUACCUGGACGGGGAAAAUUCCGAAGACCUGGAGCACCCGGUGGUACUGGCAGUCGAAAUAGAUUCAAAUCCAGUGGGUCCUCAACAACAACAACGGAAAAUCCUUCUCCAGCGGAGCCAACCCAGCGAAAAAAUCGUUUUGGCUCAAACUCCGGAGGCUUCAAGCGUCCCAGACCCGGCUCCAAAGCCCCAGCACAGGAGGAAGAAAUCCGGAAGGACUCAGUCAGCUCUGCGAACGCUGAAAAACCAGCGAAUGGCAGGAAUAGGUACCGAGGAAACGGUUCCAAGCCCAGUGUUUCCACAACAUCAGCCCCAGCCACGUCCUCCCCAUCAUCCUCCUCCGGAGUCUCUCGUCCGACUUUCAACAAGAUAAACCUGAACCGACGGAGAGGAAGACCCACGACCCCACCCCCAAAUGCCAACGAGGACAACCAGGAGGCAGGUGAAACUGGGGGCACUGAGGGCAGUUCUGAAGCAUCAACGACAACGAAAUCACCCCUGAGACCCAGAUUACCGGGUGGUGGACCGAGACCCGUCAGACCUGGGGCUAAAAUCAACUUGAGGAGACCUGGACAACCGACCACCAGCACUGCAGCACCCGAAGUCCAAGAGGGAACCGUCGACGAGCCCGCGGGGGAGGGAACCGAGGAGGAGACUCACGAGACGCCAGCAGAAACGCUCCCUCCGACGAAGCACACAACCCUUAACCCAUUGAAUAAACUUCGCAACAGGAAUCGUCUUCAGGUGCACCCAAAAGCGACAACCCGAUCGCCCCUGCCAACCGCCCCAAGAAAAUCUCCUCUUCUCCCCCGUCGCAAAACCACGGAGGCCCCAGUGGUGGAGACUGCCCACGAGGAAUCAGUGACCGAGGAGAACGCAGCCCCAGAGGAGACUGACGUUACUGAAGCAGCCCUUCCCGAGACCAGCACUGCUGCCAGCAGUAAGCACGAGGAAAUCAGGGCCCGGACUGGCCUCCUCGCUCCCAGACGCAGGAUAGCUCCCAGACGUCCAGGGCAAAUAAUCGGACGCGAAUGA